AUGUCGGAACCAUUUCCGAUGCUUGAACAACCUAAUCGAGCUCUGUCGAGCCAGGAUAUACGGGAUGAAUAUCUAAGCCAGCAUAAUAAAAUCCGGGUCUAUCGUUUUACAUUUCAAGAAAUAGCGUACGAUCCAGAUUUAUCUGGUACUGGUACUGGCUCAUGUGGGCCUUCGUCUGAUUAA